UUUGUCAUUAUAAGUGAAAUGUUUCGCGUUUUGUCUAUAUAUCGCCGACAUUAAUGUCAAUCUAAUCCUUUCGGUGACGAAAUGUUUUAGUAUAAAGGAAAACUGUGUCCUCGUUUUGGUAGAAAAAAUAUACGUAAACGAAUUACUAAUAUAUGUAUGUCAUAGUCUGACAAAUACAUGACACAUGUCGUAUACAAAAAGAGACAAGGGUGUAUAAAAUAUAAUAUGAUAAGUCUUAAAGGACUUGUGUGUAUUGUAUUGUGUAAGUGCUAUUGUAAUAUUUUUACCACAAGGCUCCUAGAAAAUUGUAGAAAACCGUUACCAAUGUCUUGUGAGUGUCGAGAAAAGGCCCUACCGUCCAGCGAUAGUGUUUACAAAAUAGUUCCUGUGACAGCAGCGACAUGGCACGCCGAGGGACCACAUUGGGAUCCGAGAAAGCAGGCUCUUUAUUAUGUUAAUACGUUUUCCCCGACAGUUUUUCGACUCAAAGAUGGAAUUCUGACCCAUCAACAAAUCGGAAAAGCACACUCAAUUGGUACCGUUACUCCAAUUGAUGGCACAGAAAAUAAAUUUCUUAUAACCUGUGACAAAGCAGUGUGGGUUUUGACCUGGGAUGGAGAAACAAAUAAUUCAGGAUUUGUCGAUUAUUCAGAAUCAAUUAUUGACGAUUUAGAACCGGAUAAACCACGCAAUCAAGCUAAUGAUGGAAAGGCAGACAGUCUAGGGCGACUCUGGCUUGGGACUCUUACCAGAAACUUAGACCUUACAGUAACUGAGCCAGGGGGUAGUUUGUUUAUUAUUGAUGAAAACGGGGCGGCAAAAGUACUAUUGGAUAGUCUGACCAUAAGUAAUGGUAUUGCAUGGAGUAAAGACGAAAAGAGAUUCUUUUUUGUUGAUAGCGCUGUAAAAGAUAUCAAAGUGUUUGAUUGUAACGUUCAAAAUGGGACUAUAAGUAAUCCGAAAAUACUUUUCCAAUUAGAUAAUUUGUCAGAUAUCUCGCCGUCCGGAAUUAUUGAUGGAAUCACAAUUGAUUCUAAUGAUAACCUUUGGAUCGCGAUAUACAGGGGUGGAUUGGUCUUUCAAGUUGAUGGUAAGAAUGGGGCAGUAUUAAAAAAAAUUGAAAUGCCAGUUUCUGGGGUCACUUCUCUAGCUUUUGGUGGUCCAAACUUCGACGUACUGUAUGCCACAACAUCCAGACAUGGAUUAUCGAAGGAAGCGUUAGAAAAACAGCCAGAAUCUGGUAAAGUAUUCGCUAUAACUGGGCUGGGAGUUAAGGGUACUCCUAUGAAUAACUAUGCACUUAAAGGAAAAUGUAGUAAAUAAAUAUACAAGUGAGAAACAGGGUAGCAG